AUGAUUUCAAAAGCGGUAGUUAUGGUUGGUGGUGGAUCAAGGGGAACCCGGUUCCGACCAUUGGCACUCGAUCAAGCAAAAAUAAUGUUUCCUAUAGCAGGGAAACCCCUUUUAGCUCAUACAAUUGACGCGAUUUUAACCGUCCCAACCAUCAAGGAGAUUCUUCUUAUUGGAUUCUACGAUGCCAGUGUCAUCAGUGACCUCAUUCUAGACUUCAAUACACAAUUGAAAUUCUCAGGCCGAGACUGUACCUUGAAGUAUCUGAAAGAGUUCAAAGCCUUGGGCACAGCUGGUGGGCUCUAUCAUUUCCGGGAGGAAAUUUUACGAGGUAAUCCCGAUGGGUUUCUUGUGAUACACGGUGACAUUGUUUGCUCCUUUCCUCUUCAAGAUAUGAUAAGAGUGUAUGAAACUAAGGUUAGGGAAGCGGAGAAAAUUGACGCCUUGUUGUUUGGUGUGAAGUUAUCAAAUUACGACCUGUUUGUGGCAUUAAACGGAUCUGAGCAAUCUUCCUUCGGCACGAUAGCAUCUCAAGAUGAUGGGAAAGUGGUUCACUACGUCGAAAAGCCAGAAUCCAAAAUAUCCGACGUCAUCAAUGGUGGAAUAUACAUCUUUAACGAAUCCCUAUUUCGAAGAUUAUCUCACGCUAAGAUUAGCAAGAUCACGAUUGCAAACGACAAUACAAAUUUUGAGUUUGUUGACGAAGAUGUGAUCUCCAUGGAGAAAGAUAUCUUACACAAUAUUCCCGAUUUUGGCAAGACCUACGUUUAUCAGUAUAAAGGCUUUUGGAAAGCAAUUAAAACCCCUUCUGAUGCCUUAUGGGCGAACGAGUUAUACUUGGAAAGGAUUGCACAGGACAAAUCUGUGGUUGCCAAUAAAAUGCUGCAGAAGCCUUCAAUUAAUAUCAAGCCUCCAGUACUUAUCCAUCCUUCAGCAACAGUGAAUUAUGAAAACGGUACAAAAAUUGGGCCUUAUGUCUCCAUCGGAAGAAAUUGUGUUGUUGGUGCGGGAACAAGAAUAUCAAAUUCUAUCAUUCUAGAUGGAUGUGAAGUUGGAGAGAAUUCGAUAAUCCUCAAUAGUAUUAUCUCGCUCAAUUGCAAAAUUGGCAAUUGGUCUCGUAUUGAAGGGACAGGAAUUAAUUUGAUCUCUAUUAACGAUAUCGUGAAAAGGAAUGGCCCAACAAAGAUCAAGAAGGUGUUGAAUGCAGACAAUAGCCGUGUCAUCGGAAUUAAAGAUUCUGGUAAUAUAUGCAUCCUAGGUUCGGGGACCCACAUCAAUGACGACCUCUAUGUUCUUAACAGUUUCAUUUUACCUAACAAGUCUAUCAAAGAUGAUGUUAGAUAUGAGAUUGUGAUGUGA